UGUCUCUCCAGCUGUUUGCAGGCCCGGGGGCUGAGGCCCGCCCGCCCCGCCACCCCCGCCGCCGCCCCCCGCCGCCGGCUUCCGGGGCUGCCCGCCGGGGCCCGGCGCUCCGGCCCGCGCUUCUGCCCGACUGUCAGCGUCCGCUCAGCCCGCGCUGCCCGCCACGUCCCCGCUGCCGGCCGCCGGCUCCGCGGGCCGGGUCACCUCCUGGAGCCCGGCGCAAUGACGGCUCCCGGCUCGCGACCCGCCGGGCCGCCCCGGCGCCGCCUGCCGCUGCUCGUGCGGCUCGGGGCGCCGCCGUCCCCGCGGUCCCCGCGGUCCCCGCCGCCGCCGCCGCCGCCGCCGCUGCUGCUGCUGCUGCUGCUGCUGGCGGCCGCCGUGGGGCCGGCGCGCGGCUGGGAGAGCGCAGACCUGGAGUUGUUCGACUUGGUGGAGGAGGUGCAGCUCAACUUCUACCAGUUCCUCGGGGUGCAGCAGGAUGCUUCAUCUGCAGACAUUAGAAAAGCAUAUCGUAAGCUUUCACUAACUUUGCAUCCAGACAAGAAUAAGGAUGAAAAUGCAGAAACUCAGUUUAGACAAUUGGUGGCCAUUUAUGAAGUUUUAAAGGAUGAUGAACGAAGGCAGAGGUAUGAUGAUAUUCUGAUCACUGGACUUCCUGACUGGAGGCAGCCUGUAUUCUACUACAGGCGGGUGAGGAGAAUGAGCAAUGCUGAGCUGGCAUUACUUUUGUUCAUUAUUCUCACAGUGGGUCAUUAUGCUGUGGUUUGGUCAAUCUACCUGGAGAAACAACUGGAUGAACUGCUUAGUAGAAAAAAGAGAGAAAAGAAAAGAAAGGCAAGCGGCAAGAAUGUGGAUGUAUCCAAACUAGGUGCUUCAGAAAAAAAUGAAAGAUUGUUGAUGAAACCACAAUGGCAUGAUUUGCUUCCAUGCAAGCUGGGAAUUUGGUUUUGCCUUACACUAAAAGCUUUGCCUCAUCUAAUCCAGGAUGCGGGGCAAUUUUAUGCUAAAUAUAAAGAAACAAAAUUGAAGGAGAAGGAAGAUGAACUGACAAGAACUGAACUUGAAACACUUCAGAAACAGAAGAAAGUUAAAGCUAAAAAACCAAAACCUGAAUUUCCUGUAUACACACCUUUAGAAAGUGCAUAUAUUCAAUCUUAUGAUCAUGGAACUUCUAUAGAAGAAAUUGAGGAGCAAAUGGAUGAUUGGUUGGAAAGCAGGAACAGAUCACAGAAAAAACAGGCACCUGAAUGGACAGAGGAGGACCUCAGCCAGCUGACUAGAAGUAUGGUGAAGUUCCCAGGAGGGACCCCAGGUCGAUGGGAAAAGAUUGCCCACGAAUUGGGUCGAUCGGUGACAGAUGUGACAACGAAAGCCAAGCAGCUGAAGGACUCGGUCACCUGCUCCCCAGGCACGCUGCGCCUCUCGGAGCUCAGGCCGGCGCCCGCGAAGGCCGCGCUGCCCGACGACAUCAUCACCCAGCGGGAAGACGGGGUGCCGGGCGAGGGGGCGGCCGAGGCCCCCGAGGGCCGGCCCCGCAGGAGGAGGCCCGAGCCCGAGGACCGGCCCCGCGGGAGGCGGCAGAGGGACUUCGAGGCGGGGCCGCAGACCGAGUCCAGCGACGAGGAGAGCCGCAGGAGAGAGCCGGCGGCCGAGGAGCCGUGGACUCAGAGCCAACAGAAGCUUCUGGAACUAGCCCUGCAGCAGUACCCGAAGGGGUCCUCGGACCGCUGGGACAGAAUAGCCAAGUGCGUCCCGUCCAAGAGUAAGGAAGACUGUAUUGCCCGCUACAAGCUGCUGGUUGAACUGGUCCAAAAGAAAAAACAAGCUAAAAGCUGAAUGUUCUGGAAAAUGCUCACUUUCAUUUUCCAAAAGGAUUUUUAAAAUUUUAUGCAGACACCUGCAUUUUGUACCUCAGUAUUUCUAUACAUCAUGUGCCUUAGUAAAAUCAUAAUUAAAACAUUUUUA